AUGGCUGUCCUCGAUGAACUGCCUCCUGAAAUCAUCAGGAUGGUUUGCGCGUUCCUCCAUCCUCCCGAUGUGCCGCUGAACACCGUUGUCGCCGAUACAGGUCACCUACGGGAAGAAAUCAUCGGUCACUCAGCCUACCACACCAUUAGCGUCCCCCAGCUUGGCAUACGUCCCCUUCUGAGUCUGCUCCGUCUCAUCAUCAAUAAGCCUGCAAUUGGCGCCGCUGUAAAGCGUCUCAAUCUGGAGAUGUCGGAUCGGUAUAGGCUUAAGGAAGAUGAAGAUGAAGAUGAACUUUCCCCCUUCACGUCAUUCGAUAUUCUUUUUAUACAGCAGGCUUCCGUUUCCGCAGGCGUUACCCCCAGCACCAUCUCUGGAAAGUGCAGGCUCUCCUUGACGAUGGUUUCGAUUAAUACGAUGAAGUUCAAGCUCAAAGGCACAAAUUCCUCGCUGUCCUUCUGCUUCACAACAUGAAGAAUCUUGAGGAACUUGCUUGCAACAGUACUUUAGAAGGAGGAUGGAUGAUUGGCACGGAUGUUGGCGCCGCCUUCAACUGCCCGCCGAUUCCUGGAAUAACUUCAUUGGCC